CUACAGCUCUAAGCCGAGCUUGUGCAGGCCAGACAGCCGGCCUGGGAGGCAUCGAGUGAGCAGGAGUGUUCCGGCUUAGCCAUGGCAGCGGCUCCCAUGAAAGUGUGCAUCGUGGGCUCCGGGAACUGGGGAUCAGCUGUGGCGAAGAUAAUUGGGAAUAAUGUCAAGAACCUGCAAAAGUUCGCCUCCACCGUCAAGAUGUGGGUCUUCGAAGAGACAGUAAAUGGGAGGAAGCUGACAGACAUCAUAAAUAACGACCAUGAAAACGUGAAAUAUCUCCCUGGACACAAGCUGCCAGAAAAUGUGGUUGCUGUCCCAAAUCUCAGUGAGGCGGUGCAGGAUGCAGACCUGCUGGUAUUUGUCAUUCCCCACCAGUUUAUCCACAAGAUCUGUGAUGAGAUCACGGGCAGGGUGCCCAAGAAGGCCCUGGGUAUCACCCUCAUCAAGGGCAUAGAUGAGGGCCCUGAAGGCCUGAAGCUCAUCUCCGACAUUAUUCGAGAGAAGAUGGGAAUUGACAUCAGUGUGCUGAUGGGGGCCAACAUUGCCAGCGAGGUGGCUGCUGAAAAGUUCUGUGAGACCACCAUCGGCAGCAAAGUGAUGCAGAAUGGCCUUCUUUUCAAAGAGUUGCUGCAGACCCCCAACUUCCGAAUCACUGUGGUAGAUGAUGCAGACACGGUGGAACUCUGUGGUGCUCUUAAGAACAUCGUUGCUGUGGGAGCUGGCUUUUGUGACGGUCUCCGCUGUGGGGACAACACGAAGGCAGCCGUCAUCCGCCUGGGCCUCAUGGAAAUGAUCGCUUUCGCCAGGAUCUUCUGCAAGGGCCAGGUGUCCACAGCCACCUUCCUGGAGAGCUGUGGGGUAGCAGACCUCAUCACCACCUGCUACGGAGGGAGGAACCGCAAGGUGGCUGAGGCCUUCGCCAGGACUGGGAAGACCAUUGAAGAACUGGAGAAGGAGAUGCUGAAUGGACAGAAGCUCCAGGGCCCACAGACAUCUGCUGAAGUCUAUCGCAUCCUCAAACAGAAGGGGCUGCUUGACAAGUUUCCAUUGUUUACAGCCGUGUAUCAGAUCUGCUAUGAAGGCAGGCCUGUCACAGAGAUGCUGUCCUGCCUGCAGAGUCACCCUGAGCACAUCUGAAGGAAACCAGGCUGCCAGCUAGGGACAGCUCGGCCUCACCUGUCCCAGGAUUACCUGGAAACCAGGACUUGGCCACCAUCCCUGUACUCCUAUCCUGAACACGUGUGAAUUGUGCCAGCUUCAGUUCUGUGUUGGGAGGCACGUCCCUGGCUAAGAUGUAUUGGGUAACAACUAAGCACACAUGUGAAUGUGUGUAUGUGCAUUUCUCAUUCUGUGGGUGUGUCUAUGAGCCAACAUCAGAUGUGUGUUUUAAUGAUCACAUUUGAAAUUUCCCCUCUAAGGCAGCCUGUGAGAUCAGUACUAUCUCAGUUAAAUUCUGUGGAUGUGAUUCAUACAUAUAUGAGGGAAGAAUUAUUUUUCUCAUUCUCUUGGUGAUACAGUUAACCAGCAUAACAAUGGUAAACAUAAUGGCAGAGUGGGUAUGUCUGAUGAACACCAUAUUUAACUUUUAAACACUAUCUCAAAGCCAGCAGAAUGAACUACUUGGAUCAUUUUUAACAAUUAGGUGUUUUAAUUAGAUAGUCCACUUACACGUUUCUUCUCCCUGUGGAUGUUGCGGUUUUGAGCCUCCUUUCUCUUCGUUGGCUGCAUGAAUGGACUUGUGGACAGACCCAGCAGUAGCAGAGGAUGGAGAGCUCACCUGGCUCGCUCACCCCUGCUGUAACGCACACAUUCUUUUAACAACAGACACUGUAUGAUGCUCUGUGUUAGGUGCGGCUUUUCUGUAACCAUAUCUCUGCAAGCUUACAGAACCCUGGAGGGGACUGUUGUCAUGUAAGAAACCACAGUUGUACCUGGUCACCAGGGGACAUGGCCCAGAGCCCGGUGCACCAUACUUCACCCCUCUAAGGUAGGACCUGCAAAGACUGUACUGGGCCCCUCUGAUAACUAGCUAAUUGGUUAUGGAAAUGCCCCCAUGCACUUCCUAGGGCCACAGAAGGUCUUCCUGAGAGGGAGAUUCAUGUGGCUUGAAGUCUCCAUGGUAACCACUCCAAGUGUCCCCAGUCCAGCAGAAAUGGUUGUCCUAGGAAUGCAGGUUUCCAGCACCACCACCACCCGCCCACCCCGGGCAUCAGGAGAGGCCCUGUGUUUCACCAUGCCUUCUGCACAUUUCUGAUUCUCACUACAAUUUGAGAACCACUGCAUUAGAGAACUUACUUGAGUGUGGCCUUCUAUAAACCGUGUUCUAGAGGGGACAAGAGUCCCAGGGUCAGUGGCUAUUCCAGUGGACUCUGGAAUGCUCCAAUGAGUUUGGGAAAAACCACCUCACCCUUCUGGAAGGUGUAACCUAUAUGCUAAAACCUAAAUCGAAUCUGUUGACUUAUUCCAGCAAGUUCCAAACUCAUUAGACUAUGGAGGUUUUUUUGUUUUGUUUUUGACAAGGAUAUUAGCCAAAGUUUACAGGGAAUAUUGCUAUAGGGUAAAGUGACCCCCGAUCCCUGAAAGAAAUUAGGAUGACUAACUGCUUAUGAUAUUGCUUGUUCUGUGUAGCCCAGGCUAGACUCAAAAUUGUCAUCUUCCUGCUUCUGCCUCCAGAGUAGCUGGAAUUACCAUGCCCAGCUGCUAUUUGUAGUUUUUUUGAGAUUUAAGGUUUAGUUCUGCCCUGAAUCUUUAAGGAAGCUUUCGGGUAACAUGGGCAAGUACCGACAAGUAGAUGCCAACCCCGCUGAAACGCACAUUGUUAUAUUCUAGAAUUAAAGUGGGAAUGACUUUCUCUAUUUAAAAAUGAGUCUCAUUUCAGAAUAGCAUUCCGGGAGUGUUCAAAGAACAUAUGAACUUCAAGCAAUCAUGUGUUUUAGUUUGUGAACUUUUGGUUUCCCCUCCCUUGUCCUGGUUUGGUAUUCCCUGCCCCAACCCCUUCUAUAAUUGAAAUGAUUGUAAAAUAGAUUUUUAUGGAAAAAAUUUUAACUAUCCCAAAGGACUUUGGGAGCAUUAUAAAGCCCAUACCUAAAAGCCUCUGGAAACACCAGGCUGCUCACCCAGCAGUUUUAGUAACAAUGUUAACUUAGUCAAUUUUUCUCUUGUCUCCUGAUAAAUCUUUUUAAAAGUUUGUACAUAAAUGGCAAAGAAUUGCUUUUUAAGAUAUAAGAAGGGCUGUAAGCUAACUGGUGUCUACCAAGUAGGAUGAUCCGCCAUUAGGAUCUUGUUUUGUAUUGUUGUUAACAUUUUACUUCCUCUCCGGGUCUCGUACUUCCGAAUCCCUCCUACCUAAAACCCCUUUACUGAUGUCCCUCUUGAACAUAUUUAUCAUAAAUGGAAAAAGAGAAAUUCUUUAAGCUUGUGCUCCACCAACCAGAAAUAUUACUCUAUGAGUGAGUCAUUUAUUUUUUGUAAGCACCGGCUGAUUGACAGGUCUUACUAGCUAUGGCCAUUGGGAUGGAGACACCUAGAUUAGAAACCUAACCUGCAGUAUUUCAGCCAACCUGUGAAUGUAAAACUACACUUUUGCCUUGAUACUGAGCACCCUGUUAUAGUGUGGGACAAAUCCCUGUCUGGAAAUCCAACCCCCCCACCCCCCAGGGAUGGAAUUGAGCCAGACUUCUAGUGUUUUAACUUUAUAACUCAGCCCACAGCUACCCUAAGGAGGGUAUUGUGCUGAGAGGCUGGUGUCCAAAGGGAAUUUUAAUUUCUCUGCCAGUUCAUAUUGGCUAACCUCUUACUUACAUAUGUACUGUGUUUACAAACUAUAGGUGGAUAAUUUAAAGGUUUGAUUUAAUAAACAAUUCCUCAAACCCGU